UAUUGGACUUCAGACAGAAGAUUCUUAAAUCUCAGGAUUUCUGGUGCAGGUUUUUUCCUAAGAUGGUUCAUUUAAGGAAUGCCUAAUUGAAUUGCAAUUGAGCAGGAAGUAGCCAAGCAGAACAGGGAAUCACCUGCUUUUGCUUCCUUUGGGGAGGGGGACCUUUCUGACAGGCAAAAGCGGAGAUGCUUCUAUAAUCAAAUUCAGCUGGAGAGUGUUUAAGCCGCAGGAAACAUAUCUACAUGACAGAGGCUGUAUCAUCCUGCCUGUCUGCAUAACUGAAUUUUCUUUUUCAUCCCUUCAUCUAUUUCUUCAUUUCUUUGCUUUAUUUUCUGCAAGUUAAAAACAGAACACUCAAAUUAUCAUCAUGGGUGAUAAAGGCACGAGGGUAUUCAAGAAGGCAAGCCCAAAUGGAAAGCUAACUGUAUAUCUUGGCAAGAGGGACUUUGUUGAUCAUGUGGACAUUGUAGAGCCUGUUGAUGGUGUGGUUUUAAUUGAUCCGGAGUACUUGAAGGAGAGAAAAGUGUUUAUAACGCUGACAUGUGCUUUCCGUUAUGGGAGAGAGGACUUAGAUGUUCUUGGGUUGACAUUUCGAAAGGACCUCUUUGUGGCCAAUAUACAGGCAUUCCCUCCUGUACCUGAAGAGAAGAAAAGCCUGACACGACUACAGGAGCGGCUGAUUAAAAAGCUUGGAGAGCAUGCCCAUCCAUUUAUUUUUGAGAUACCUCCAAAUUUACCCUGUUCUGUUACAUUGCAACCUGGACCAGAAGAUACUGGGAAGGCAUGCGGGGUUGACUUCGAGGUGAAGGCUUUCUGUGCUGAAAACUUUGAAGAGAAAAUUCACAAAAGGAACUCAGUGCGCCUAAUCAUCAGAAAAGUGCAGUAUGCGCCAGAGAAGCCAGGUCCACAACCAAUGGCUGAGACAACAAGACAGUUUCUCAUGUCAGAUAAGCCCUUACAUCUAGAGGCCUCACUGGACAAAGAGAUCUAUUACCAUGGUGAACCAAUUAGUGUAAAUGUUCAUGUCACAAACAACACAAACAAGACUGUAAAGAAAAUAAAGAUCUCAGUGCGCCAAUAUGCUGAUAUCUGUCUCUUCAACACUGCUCAGUACAAAUGUCCAGUGGCAAUGGAGGAAUCAGAUGACACUGUGGCUCCAAGUGCAACAUUUUGUAAGGUUUAUACUCUUACACCCUUUCUUGCCAACAACCGAGAGAAGCGUGGCUUAGCUUUAGAUGGAAAGCUCAAACAUGAAGACACAAAUUUAGCCUCAAGUACACUGUUAAGAGAAGGAGCCAGUAAAGAAAUUCUUGGUAUCAUUGUAUCAUAUAAAGUCAAAGUGAAACUGGUGGUGUCUCGUGGUGGGCUCCUGGGAGAUCUUGCCUCCAGUGAUGUUGCAGUAGAGCUACCCUUCACAUUAAUGCAUCCCAAACCAAUAGAAGAAUCCCACUACAAAGAUGCACUAGAAAAUGCACCCAUUGACACAAACCUAAUCGAGUUUGACACAAAUGAUGAUGAUAUAAUUUUUGAAGACUUUGCAAGGCAACGACUUAUUGGAGCAAAGGAUGACAAAGAAGAGGAGGAGGAAGGUACAGACUCACCUAAACUGAAUGACAGAUAGAUGAAGACAACAAAUGACAACUUCAUCAAAGAGAUUAAGGGAUCUUCUGAAGUCCCCUGUAAGGAGAAAAAAUAGAGGUUUAAGACACCCUUUAAUGCAUAUCAGUGUGGUGCAGUUGUGCUCCUGUUAGAUAUGAAAGUGUUUAAAAAAAAUUAUGUCCUCAAAUAACAAUUUACCAAGAGAGAUUAAUUCAUUGGUGUGGUGAGAUUAAUUCAUUGGUCUACAGUGUAUCCACUUUAUAUAUGGUAUUUAUAAGGAAUACUGUUUGAUUAUGGCCAAAAUGUCCUUAAUUAUAGUAUAGUUUUUAAAAUAUUGUUCCAUUUUAAGAAAAGUGGAAUAAAAUAGAGCAUAAAUUUGUAAUUAGACCUAUUUAACCUAUUACAGUCAUUAAAAAAAAAAGUUAUUAAUAUGACCACUGUCAGGUUGUCCUCUGCUGAGGGACAGUACUGCAUUCAUUAAUUAACACAGUCAAGUAGUGAACAAAGUUAACAAAAAUAUUGAUGUCCGUUACAAGUUUGGCUUCCUAUGAAACAAUCCAAGGAGACUUUUAGUGUAAAUUAACCUUAAGAAGCACUAACACAAUGAAACUUUUGCCAUGGGAAGGCAUUUUAAAUGAUUUAGGAAAUACUAGUAGACUUCAGAGUUUACAAAGAGAAAAUUCAAAAUUUUCUGAGCGUAAUUUAACAAAAUUAGAGCUACCAAUAUUAUUUAGGAACUUUUAUUAUAAACAUAACUGUGUAUCAGAAUAAUCUAUAUUAAAAUAUUUUUUUUAUUUCUUUAAGGUAAUGGGUAGAAAAUAAGCAUGAAUUAUGUGUGCUAUGCUGAAAACAAAAUGAGGAAAUUGCUUUAAAAAAACUAACAAAAUUACACUACUCCAGAAAUGGCCAACUGAAACAAACAAAAUGGAAAAGGAGUCCAAAGCUACCUUUUGAGAUUAAUGAACUUGCAUCAAGCCAACUGCCUCAAUCUUUAUUAUUAAAUAUAAAUUUUUCUAAAAUAUUUAGAAAAUAUUAAUUUUCUAGCUGAUAAAAUACCGUACUGUAUAGUGCGAUAAAGAUAGUUGUUGCAUAGAAUACUGAUUUUGCUUUAUGUUCUUUGCUUUAUGUACACUUUCUAUUUAAAAAAAUCUGUAAAAACUGGCGUACUUGGCAUAAAAGAUGUUUAACAGUAGGCAAAAAAAAAAUAAAAAAAAAUUAAGAACCAGUGCCAUACUUAUGCACAUGAUUAAAAAAUAAACCCUAUUGACAUCCUUAUAUCACACACUGUGAACUAUAUUUAAAUGUGUCAGUAUUUAGUUAUAUUUUUAUUUAGAUGUUUUUUUGUAAACCGAAGUAAAAUGUUUUAAGGUUGCCUUUUCCUAAGCUGGUCCCUUAUUAUUAUUAUUAUUAUUAUUAUUAUUAUGUUGCUAUAUAUGUUUUUGUUUUAAAAGUUCAGUAAAGAGAGGUGUUACAUUCUUAAUACGUACAACAUAUUUGUACUUUCUGACAAACACACAACUAUCAGCUAUAUUUCUUGGAAAUAUGUGGUGUCAAAAUGGAUUUUGUGGUUGUUUGUAAUAUAUCUUGAGUUUUUACUCAGACAAUACUACAACCUUAUUAUUUUGUUUUUUUUUACAAAUACAGUAUGUUGUUAAU